UAACCAAGGUGACUAUAAAAAUGUCAUUUGGGAGACACUUCAAAUUUGUACUAAAUUAGAAAACACAAAUACAAUCUCACUUUGGACAAUAAUAAUAUUUUUAUAAAAUUGAAUUCGCAAGUCAUCUUCCUAAAUAUAGAAACGUAUCCCCAAAAAUUUGAAUGAAAACGCUCGAAGUUGUCCAAGAGCCAUAUGUCUUCAAAAUCGAGUGCUAAGAAAGCAUCAGCCCGCGAUGAGGCAUCGAGUAGACCACCUUCUAAGCAAUCCGGUAAAGGAGUUGUGGCUAGGGAUGAUCUCCAGGCCUGUCAAUAUUGCAACCGUAGAUUCACCGAUGAUCGUUUAAUAAUUCACCAAGAAAUUUGCGCGAAGACUGGAAAAAAGAAUCGAAAAGUCUAUGACGCUACUAAACAUCGGGUUCAGGGUACCGAAUUAGAACCUUAUACUAAGAAACAAACAAAAUCUUUGUCACAAAGGCCACAAUCUACGCAAGUAAAGAAAACUGAUUGGAGAAGGAAGCAUGAAGAAUUUAUAGGGGCAAUCCGAGCAGCGAAGAUGGCCCAAGCCCAUGUUGCAAGGGGCGGCAAGUUAUCGGACUUACCUCCUCCUCCUCCCAGCGACAAUCCAGAUUACGUCCAAUGUCCGCACUGCGGGAGAAAAUUCAAUCAGACUGCGGCAGAAAGGCAUAUACCCAAAUGCGCGUCUUACGAAUAUAACAAGCCAAAGCAAACACGCGGAGGGAGGAAAUGAGCGCAUUACCUAAUGCCAAUUUGGUGUCGAAUUUGUGGACGAACAUAAACUAAACUAAUGCUUGUCAACUUAAUAAAUUUUUGAUAUAACGUA